AUGACCACAACCAGAGAGACCAAGGCGUAUACAACCCUCGACCAGAGCUCGAUGCCUAAUUUCAACUCAUCUUGGGUUAAUUACAAAGGCGCGUGGUUCACUACUAUUUUUGUUGUUGUGGCACUCAAGGCCUUGUUCACCGUAAUUCCAUUCAUCAGCCCAGAAGCAAGCUGGACAUUGACAAACCUAUCCUUCAAUUGCGGUCAUUACAUAAUGUUCCAUUGGGUGCAAGGCAUUCCUUUCGAGAACAAUCAAGGUGCAUACGAUGGUCUGACCUUGUGGGAACAAAUUGACGGAGGAGUCCAAUUCACAGCCACUCGCAAGUUCUUGACGGCUGUUCCGAUUGCACUGUUUCUCUUGAGCACACACUACACACACUAUGACUUUUUCCUGUUUGCCAUCAAUUUUACCGCACUGCUGGUAGUGUUGGUUGCCAAAUUGCCUGUCAUGCACCGAGUGCGUAUAUUUGGCAUCAAUAAGUUGGACUACGACAUGGACUGA